CCCUUACUAAGCUGUGUGUGUCUUCAAAGGGAAGCAUCGGAGUGACAGCCGGUACCAUCUCCACAGAGGCUGAGUCGCUGGAGCUGUGCUAGGGCAGGGGGGGAAAGCUGAGCCAGGCUCAGCCUUGCAUCCACCCAUAGGGUCUACCAAACCCCACAAGAAGAUGGGAGCCUGGGCGUUGGAGUCACCUCCUGGGCAGCCUACAAGGUGAGAGGCCUUGAGGAGCAUGGGACAGGUGAUGGGGAUCCCGGAGCCAGAGGCUCCAUUUCCGCUCUCCCUCUAGCAACCCCAGUGAAGCCUGAACGUUCAGAUGGCCAACGGCUCGGGGCUCAGCGUCACGGAACUCGCGGGCUCGGUGGGGUUUAUCCUGGCGGUUCUCGUAGAGGUGGGGGCCGUGCUGGGCAACGGCACUCUGCUCGUGGUGGUGCUGCGCACGCCGGACCUUCAAGAUGCCUUCUACUUGGCGCACUUGUGCGUCGUGGACCUGCUGGCGGCUGCCUCCAUCAUGCCUCUGGGCCUGCUGGCCGCGCCACCCGGGCUGGGCAGUGUGCCCCUGGACCCCUCGUCGUGCCGGGCGGCGCGCUUCCUCUCGGCGGCUCUGCUCCCCGCGUGCACGCUCGGCGUGGCCGCUCUCGGCCUGGCGCGCUACCGCCUCAUAGUGCAUCCGCUGCGGCCAGGCGCGCGCCCGGCGCCCGCGCUCGUGCUCACCGCGGUGUGGUCCGCGGCCGCGCUCCUGGGCGCGCUCUCCUUGCUCGGGCCACCGCCCGCGCCACCUCCGGCCCCGGCUCGCUGCUCCGUCCUGGCCGGGGGGCUCGGGCCCUUCCGGCCGCUCUGGGCGAUGCUAGCCUUCGCGCUGCCCGCCCUCCUGCUGCUGGCCGCCUACGGUAGCAUCUUCCUGGUGGCGCGGCGCGCCGCUCUCCGGCCUCCACGCGGGACCCGGCCCCGCUCCGACUCUCUAGACAGUCGCCUCUCCUUCUUGCCUCCCCUCCGGCCACGUCUGCCCGGGGGCAAGGCGGCCCUGGCCCCAGCCCUGGCCGUGGGCCAGUUUGCAGCCUGCUGGCUGCCUUAUGGCUGCGCGUGCUUGGCGCCCGCGGCGCGCGCCGCAGCGGCGGAGGCUGCUGUCACCUGGGUAGCCUACUCCGCCUUCGCCGCUCACCCCUUUCUCUAUGGCCUGCUGCAGCGCCCGGUGCGCCUGGCGCUGGGCCGCCUCACCCGCCGAGCGCUGCCUCAGACCCCGAAAGCCUGCACAUCGCAAGCCUGGGACCUGCAGACACUCCUUCGGCGCCUCCAGGGACUCCGCAAGGACCCUGUCCUAGGCCCUUCUGAGGCACCAGAACAGACCAGAGAAUUGGCAAGACAGAGCCAGACAGAGUGUGUCAGAGGCCACCUGAGAGAUUUCUCCUGAGUUGGGGAAAGGAGGGUGAGAUUGGAGGGCACACCCACCCCCUAGGUUGUGACAGGUACUCUGCACGGACUGCUGGCACUGAAAUGGCAGCCGGGGUGGUACUUAGCCUGGUGAGGUUUUCUCAGGAACCUGAUUCUGGGCGGAACACUAGCUGUGUGAUCUUGAACUCAAUCCUACCUUUCCAGGGGCCUCAGUGUUCUCAUCUGUGUGCUGUACCAUCAUCUCCUAAGGACCCCUUCAGUGUAGUAGGCUUUUUAAACUCAUGAAUACUCCCUGAUCCAGAGAGGAGAAAGGCAGGCAUGGUCAAAGAAAUGAGGGUCCUAAGAACUCACAGCCAGAAGGAUGAGUCAAGCGGGACAGGAUCUGGGUUACACCACAGCAGGAGGAACCGGUGGAGAAGCGUACUGCGUUCCCUGCUAUCUGUAGCAUGGAGAAGCUGGACAGUUCGACUCAAACUCAUCACCCAAGCUGCUCAGAAAACCUCCGGAUUGGUUUGGUGCUAAAGGCAGGAGAUUGAACACAGGACCCCCAAAGGGCCCUUCGGUUUCACCCCAGAACUGACACGAGGAAGGGACUGUGGGUCAACUAGGGACUGUGGAUUCAGACUGGGGUUCUUUGGGGUUUCAGUUUCACCCCUUCCCUGGAAGUUUUGU